ACUUCAAGCACUCGUCGUCGCAGCAGCGGGGUCACCACGCGCGCGGCUCUGUCUCUCUUGUCUUUCUCGUUUAAUCCCGCCUGGGAUCUAUUCUCUCUCUCGCGGGAGCACCGGGUCAACGAGGCUCCGGUGUUCAGAGCCCCGGGACAGGACAUACGACUCCUGACACAUGGACGGUGGCUGCUCGGUAGAGACGCCGAGUACCGGGACUCAUUAACAAAUUCCUCCCAGUGCAGUGGCAGCGCCCCCUGGAGGCUGAGGGCUGAUGGAGCAGCAGGCGAGAGGAGACAGCGUCAGCCCCGAGGGCCGAGGGGAGGGGGCGGGGGACAGCCCCGACUGCCCCGGCCGCCCUGGGGUCACCACCCCUCCGGCAGAGUCCCGGGCCCAAGGGCACAACGGCACCACGCUGAGACCGCUCAGGGGCUGGACGACAGACGCCAGCGUACCACGUCUCAUGAUUCCGCUGUUCUGCGCGGUGGAGCGUGCCGGCGCAGGGGGCGUGGCCUGCAACCAAGAGGGGCGUGGCGAACGGCACGCUGACUUCGUAUUGGUCGGUCGGGACGUUCUCUUCAGCCGACUGGUGGAGACGGCCGUGCUGGCACUUGGCUACACACACUCUGCAGCUGCGCAGGCCAGAGGUAUCAUCAAGGUUGGCAGCUGGAAGCCCAUGCCGAUCCACUUCCUGACGGACACCCCGGAGGCCACCGUAGCAGACAUACUGCUGGACGUGUACCACAUGGUGACACUACAGAUACUACUGCACAGCUUCCCUCGGCUGGAGGAGCUGCUGCCGGAGCAGUGGAGCCCGGCCUCGGUGAGGCGCGCCCUGAAGGAGCUGCUCACAGGGAGGAGCCCGGGCAGCCUGGCCCCCGAGUGCCCCCUCUCCCAGAGCAUGAUCUGGGCCAUCGUCAGUAGAUCCUACGACACCAACAUGUCGGCCUCUAAGUGCCAGGAGUUUGGCCGGUGGUACAGGCGACACCAGCGCCUCAGAACCAGCUCCUUCUGUCCAAGGGAAUUCCCCGACAAGCGGUGGUCCGGACGCCAUAAGCUGGAUAUUAAAGUGGAGAGGGACGUCACAGAUGUUCACGUCCAGACCCAAGCCCUAUCCCCACUGCUCCACUCCCCCACCUCGGCCUCCCCCAGGAGGCCUCGAGACAUCCAGAGCCCCCACAAGCCCACCCAGACCCAGACCCAGACCCAGACCCAGACCCAGCCUCAUGGCCGGCACGGCUCCAGCCCUCCACCCUGCUCCGGGGCCCCGACGGCCCCCCUCCUGGCCCCCCAGAUGUCCCCACAGCUCCGACAGCUCGCCAUGGCCCACCUGAUCAACCAGCAGGUGCUUCUAGCGCAGCAGCAGCACCAACAGCACCAACAGCACCAACAGCACCAACAGCACCAACGGCACCAACAGCACCAACAGCAGCCGUCGUCCUCCUCGCCACAGUUCCUCAGCCAGAAGUUCCUCCACCACCCUCCCAUCAGCCGGGCCUGCAAGCCUGAGGCCAGCCUCCCCCCGUCGUCCGCGGAGGUGUCCUGGGACAUCUACCGGCAGGUCCGGGACGAGCUGAAGAGGGCCAGCGUCUCCCAGGCCGUGUUCGCCCGUGUGGCAUUCAACCGCACCCAGGGCCUGCUGUCGGAGAUCCUGCGCAAAGAGGAAGACCCGCGCCUGGCCUCCCAGUCGCUGCUGGUCAACCUGAAGUCCAUGCAGAGCUUCCUGCUUCUGCCCCAGGGAGAGCGAGACCGCAUCUACCAGGAGGAGAGAGAGAGGGCCAGCAGCAGCAGUCUGAGUCUUUCACACAGUCAGGUCCCCACCGCCCCGGCACAGAGGCAAACUCAGACCAAGCCCGGCCCGCCCUGCGCUGCCCCCCCCCUGGAGCCCACCGCCGGGGCCAGCAUCACCCCGGGGAUCUACGAGGAGAUCCACCAGGAGAUGAAGCGGGCCAAGGUCUCCCAGGCGCUGUUCGCCAAGGUGGCCGCCAACAAAAGCCAGGGCUGGUUGUGUGAGCUGCUGCGCUGGAAGGAGAGCCCCGGCCUGGAGAACCGGACGCUUUGGGAGAACCUGUCCAACAUCCGCCGCUUCCUGUCCCUGCCGGCGUCCCAGCGGGACCACGCGUACGAGGAGGAGUCCCGACAUCACCAUGGAGACCGCCCACCGCAGCCGGCGGACCUUCAGGCGCUCCACAGACACCCGAUGCCGCAUCUGAAGGACCCCUCGCCGGCACCCGAAGGCCCGCCGCCGUCCUUCUCCAGGGUGUACCGGAGCCCCGAGGACGGCCCUCAGCCGGGGGGCCCCAGAAGGGCUCGUUUUCGGACGCGCAUCUCCCUGGAGGCGCUGGGCAUCCUGCAGAGCUUCAUCGGGGACGUGGGCCUCUACCCGGACCAGGAGGCGGUCCACACGCUGUCGGCCCAGCUGGACCUGCCCAAGCACACCGUGGUCAAGUUCUUCCAGAACCAGCGCUACCACGCCAAGCAGCGCGGCUCGGCCCCCCAGGACGAAGAGGAGGAGGAGGAGGACUGGGGAGGCCCGGACCCUGGCCUCAGCCACAGCCACAGCCACGACGACGGCGAGAAGGGGUUGUCAGGGUCGGAGGACGAGGGGGCAGGCGAGGACGGCCAAAGGUCCGUGGAGACGAGCAGGGCGCUGGGUCCACAAGCAGGAGCGGGGGGCCUAAGACAGAGCAGGGGGAACGGGGCAGGGGAGCAGCCGGAGGAAGAGAGGGGCAAGGGGAGAGAUGGAGAAGCACCACCCCCGGAAGAUGUAGUGAUGGCCCCCAGGAGCGGCACCCGGAGCCCCCCUGACUUGGGAAGCAGCAUAGACAGCAGGACUGUGGUGUGAUGGGGGACCAGGGAAGGAGGUGCUGGGUAACGGGCAUUUGGGAUGCAGCUGCUGAGAAGCCGGGCUGCGGUGUAAAAAGGCCUUCCAGUCCUUUGAGUGAGCGAACUGUGAACUGAGAGGUUGCAAUUGGACGAGUAGCUCGGCCGCACUGCUUGUUAGAGUGCAGUGUGUGCGUUGAGGUCAAAAGGGAUUGAAAAAAUGAUACCUCACCGCUGAGUAGGAGGCAAGCCAAAGCCACAAGCUUCUCUGUCUUACAACAUAAACAGCAGGUCACCUGUCUUCACCUGUUUACUUUGGGGCUUUUUUGGUUGUCCUUCUGUUCGUUUUUUUCCCAACAUGCAUUGUGAAGCUUACUAAUGGGCCUGAACUGCAGUACCCAGGGAUUAGAGUGGCUGUUAGUGUUUCUCACAUCUUGUUCAUCCACUAUUUAUUGGUAUCUGUCCUUCAGUUGAAGUUCAAAUGUGUUGUCAUUGAUGGUUGUAUUUUUUAACAUCAUUACUUUAUUAGGACAGUAAAUAUCGGAGAAAGCUGGAACAAUAAAGCCUCAAGAAAUGUUCAUCAAAAUAUGUAAAAUGUAUAACAGAAUAUUCCAUAUUCAGUUUUUAUCCACUGAUUUGUUUUGUACGCCCCGAUGAAAAAACAAUCCACACGCACAAAUAUCAAAACUUGUGAAGGACGCUAACAAACGCAUUGUAUGCAGCCUUUUGAUAAAACAUGGAGGAUAUGAAUGAUGAUGAAUAAGAAAACAAAGCUGUUGAUUUAGUGACGGUUCAACCUUGUUUCUACACUUUCCAUGAUCUCUGUGUUAAAGGACCACAACAGUUUGGAUUAAAAAUAACUUUUAAGCA